AUGGAAGAGUCUCCCCCAAUCAUUGACAUUUCGGCAUUUUAUGGAAACAAUGAUUUCGCCAAGCAGAGCCUUAUAGAGCAAGUCCGCUCAGCCUGCAAAACAUUCGGCUUUCUCCAGAUUGUCAAUCACAAUGUUCCGGACUCUCUGCAAGAAGAUAUACUCCGGCAAUCGGAAGACUUCUUCAGCCUUUCUGUAGAAACUAAGGAAAAGUAUAACAAAGACAUUGGCGGCCGCCACCUUGGAUAUGAACGCCUCCGAGCCCAGAACUUCGAGAAGAAGACCGACGGUGACUUAAAGGAGGGUUAUUACUUUGGCACCGAUCUACCCCUCGAUCACCCAUAUGUCAUCGCCGGCAAACUCAAUUUUGGACCGAACAAGUAUCCCGAAGAUGUAUCAGACCCGGCGGUCUUCAAAUCAACAGUGAAGAACUAUUUUGCAAGCCUGGAAAGUCUGGCCCACGACAUCCUACGCAUUCUAGGCGCCACGCUGGACCUGAACGAGAAUUUCUUCGAUGACUUUAUUGAUACACCUAUUGCUACAUUGCGUCUUCUACACUAUCCUCCGCAGCCGCCUACUGCAUCCCCCGAUGAGCGAGGAAUCGGAGCCCACACAGACUUCGGCGGUAUAACCAUCCUCCUCCAAGACAUGAUCGGAGGCCUCCAAGUCAUGAACCAAGCCAACAACAAAUGGGUAGACGUACAGCCACGAAAGGGGGCCUUUGUUGUGAACCUAGGGAAUUUGAUGAUGCGCUGGACAAACGAUAACUACAUGUCCAAUCUACACCGCGUUAUCAAUAAAACCGGGAAGGAGCGCUAUUCUGUUCCAUUCUUCUUCUCUGGCAAUCCAGACUAUGUUGUUAAAUGCUUGCCCAGUUGUGAGGGGACGAAUGGCGCGAAAUAUCCGCCUGUUUCGGUCGAAGAGUGGAUUGCUGGAAGGUAUGCUGAUACCUAUGGUGAACAGGAUGGUAAGAGUUAG